AUGGAAGUGGUUCUUGUUUGGCUCUUCUCCAACACAGGGAGAUUGGGAAGAAAAGGAGGCCCAUUUGGUGGGUUACUGAGGGCAUAAAUUAUAAAAGAGGAGAUGGAUAUGGUUUCUUGUUGGGGUCUUCUCCAACACCAAGUACUGGUUGUUUAAGCAGACAAAAGCUGUUUGUGAUAAAGGGGAGCCAUUCAAAGGCAAGGAUGUCGGGAAGGAUGGAGGGAGCUGAAGAGACAUCUGUAGUAAGUGAGAAAAUAUGCAAAUUCAAGAGGAUUUGUGUCUUCUGUGGGAGUAGAGCUGGAUAUAAGUCUACCUUCAGUGAUGCAACUCUUGAACUUGGCAAACAACUGGUUCAAAGGAAGAUUAAUUUGAUUUAUGGUGGAGGAAGUGUGGGUCUUAUGGGUUUAAUUUCUCAGGCUGUUUUUAAUGGUGGUUGUCAUGUUCUUGGAAUUAUUCCUAGAGCCCUUAUGCCUCAUGAGAUAUCAGGAGUAACCAUUGGAGAAGUGAAAGCAGUUGCUGACAUGCAUGAAAGGAAGUCAGAAAUGGCUAAACAUGCUGAUGCUUUCAUUGCUCUUCCUGGUGGUUAUGGUACCAUGGAAGAACUGUUGGAGAUGAUAACAUGGUCUCAACUGGGAAUUCAUGAGAAACCAGUGGGCUUGUUGAAUGUUGAUGGAUACUAUAACAACUUACUUGCACUUUUUGACAAAGGAGUGGAGGAAGGUUUCAUAGAAGACUCAGCAAGACAUAUUGUAGUCUCAGCAGAUACAGCAGAAGAGCUGAUCAAGAAAAUGGAAGAGUAUACACCACUUCAUGACAAGGUUGUACCCAGAAAAAACUGGGAAGUAGACCAAUUAGACUCUGCUACAAGUGGGCAUCCUUUAUAAUUCCAAAUCCAACUCAUUUAUUUGAAUACUGUUCAAGUUAUCUUUUUCAUUUCUUCUCCAUUACCAAAUUGAU